AUGGAUUCCAGCUCCGACCAUCUUCUGAUCUUCUUCCUACUCUUCUCGUACCACAACCUCAACGGCCUGGCCAUGGCGACAUCAGAUGAGAGUUUGAUCAGCACACUGUGCAGCAAAACAGAAGAGCCAAGAGGGACACAACCUUUCUGCGACACAUUCAAGCUUCUUCAGAAUGCAAUGGGCGAGUCAAAGAGAAUCCUUCAUGAUUGUACUCAGCAUUCACUUCUAGCACAGAAACAGUUUCCACCUGUUGCUCACUAUGUUCAAGAGGGUCACUAUGACAGUGCUAUAAAGGCUUCAGUCAUUUACUGUUUGAAGCUGUUCGAACAAACUCCAGAAUUGCCUGUGCCGCAACAGGUCUUGGCUGGCACUGUAGCCUCAAACCAAACCUGUAGAAAUGCUGUUGAAAUCCUGAGUUCUAUAUGA